UGGCUGUCUGAAGCAAUGGCCUCGAGUAGCCCCGAGGAAGGGGCGGCCGAGGUGGACCCGGCCUUGGGUGAGAGUUCCAGCUCAUGGCCAGCUGGGCCCUCGUCCGGCGCUGGGCGGAGCCGGCGGCCGCUCCUUGCCAGUCAGGGCGAAGAAAAGGCGGAGGCCGACCCAUUGCCAGCCCAGUACCCGUCCCACCUGGGGGCCGUGCCAGGGCGGGACAAGGUGGCCUUGUACUGCGACAGGCUGCUGCGGGGCUGCAAGGCAGAAGAUGCCAAUGAAGCAAUGAGUAAAUAUCUUUUGGAAAAAUUGAAAAUGAAAGAAAAAUGGCUUGGAGUCUGGAAGACCAAUCCAGAGCUUUUCUUCAUCAAUUCUGAAGACGUCCUUGUACCUUUUGUUGGAAUACUUGUUGAAGUUACUUGCAAACCAUCUCAGAGCACCUCAUCUCACUUGAAAGCUUCUGUAUCUGUUGCUGAACCAUUUUCCUCUAAUAUUGCAAAUAUUCCAAGAGAGCUUGUUGAGAAUGUUUUGGAUGAACUGGACCAUUGUGUACCUCUGCUGGAAAUCUACCCUGUCGAGGGGCCGGAUAUGGUAGUAUUUGAUAUUGCCCAGGCUUUGGACGUUGUGAGGUUUUUCUAUGACUUCCUUUGGAGGGAUUGGGAUGAAGAUGAAAGUUGUGAGACCUAUGCAGCACUGAUAGAAGAGAGAAUUAAACUUGGGUGUGAUAUUGAGAAUGGAACUAUUCCUGCUCCAAUUGGUCAACGUUUUAGAAAAAAUCUGGAGAAGUAUAAAAACAUGCAUUUGGAAUUGAUUCAGUACCAAAGUAAUAUUAAAGAAGAACCUACAGCAGAAGAAGCUGUUGAAUGUUGGAAAAAAUACUAUGAAUUAGUAAUGCUAUGUGGAUUGCUGAAAAUAUGGGAGGACCUUCGCCUCAGAGCUUAUGGACCUCUGACCCCAAGGAUACUGAGGCGUAGGAGAGGAAACAGAGAUGAUGGGAAAGCUGUAACUCAUAUUGUAGCUAAAACAAUGACAGCAGAAAUGGUUAAGGAUUUUUCUGUUGACACAGUGCUUCAACAACAUGAUAAUUUAAACAUGGCUUUGGAUAGCUGUUACAGUGGCGAUAGUGUGGUUAUUUUCCCGGGAGAAUAUAAGGCUGCAAACCUCUCCAUGUUAACUGAGGAUAUUGUUAUUCAAGGAGCUGGAAAGCCAGAAGAAAUUGUGAUUGUUUCAGAGCCUACUCAUGAGAGUUUUGUGGUAUCCAAAGCCCAAAAUGUGAAACUAAUGCACCUCACUUUAGUACAACGAGGGACUGUUGAUGGUAUUGUGGUGGUUGAAUCUGGUCACAUGACUUUUGUAAACUGUAUAUUGAAAUGUGAAGGAACUGGAGUCUGUGUGCUUACUGGAGCUUCUCUGACUAUUACAAACAGUGAGAUUACAGGAGCUCAGGGUGCUGGUGUUGAGCUGCACCCAGGAAGCACAGCCAUUUUGGAGGGUAACAAAAUUCACCACUGCAAUAACUUCAAAACCAGUGAGAGUUCACAGGGUGCCCUAGGUGGAAUUAAUAUUAAGGUUGUUCCUGUCCCUAAACUGAAGAUGAAAAAUAAUCACAUUUAUAGUAACAAUGGUUAUGGAGUGACCAUUCUUCAGCCUAUGGACCAACUCUCUACUACAGGAGGGAUAUUGGAAUUUACUGCAUCAGGAGAUGCAGAGGAAGAUAUGCUUUCCAAACUAAUGCAUGAAUUGAGCCUAGAGAUGAGUAGUAACACACUAGAUGAUAUCAAAGGUCUCAGCAUAGUUAAUAGUUAAACAUGCUUUUGAUGUAUGUUUUGGUAUAUAACAAUUGUUUGGUUAAAGCAACAGUACUCCAAGUUGAAGACUGUUAGUCUUAAAUGCUUCUUUGAAUUAAUGUUAUGGAAAAUGACUAGAGUUACCCUUACUGUGCUUUGCUAACGUUUUGAGCAUCUAACUGUAAUACACACCUUCAGUCCUGGAUUACAAUGAGUCUCCUUUGACUUAAUAGUCUAAAUGGGGAACAGAUAUUUUUCCUCUCAGCAGGCUAGGAAAGUAAUUUUAUAAACACUGAAGAACAGCCUGUGUCUACAGUAGUCUGAGCCUUAGUUUUGCCACUGUUACUACCACUGGUAGAGCUGCACUGGCAAUAACAGUUGAGCACUAAUGUAGAACACCCUUACAUAGUCAUUAUCCAGACCUACUCUGAGUAGGAUUAGACAACUUUGGCUAAAAUGUCAGUGCUAACUUAUUCAUAGUAACCACAAUAGAAGGGUCACUAUCAGUAGAGCUGCACGAGGAAACGUAGAUAAUGGAAAAUCUCUUACCUGGUAAUUUUCUUUCUGCUAGCAGUGUCUUCCACAAUUCUGCUACAUUUGAGCUAUUUCUCUCCUGGCUGCAGUUUGCAGAGACAUUUCAAAGCUGUGCUAGCUAAACCCCCUCCUCCUCCAAUCUACUGCCAGAUGAUUCAUUCGAAAGCUGUGUAAAAACUUGUAGAAAAUAAUUAGUAACAAUAAUUCCAAUUCCAACCAAAUAACUAAGUACAGCAAGUCCUUGCUUGGAAGGUAACUAUCCAGAUAAGAUGUUCACCCUCAGCUGACAAGCCAUCCAGGGUGGGUAGAAUUGUGGGAGAUGCUGCUAGCAGACAAAAUGAUCAGGUAGGAAAUUUUCCAUUCUGCAGCCCAGCAUCUCCUACAAUUCUGCUACAUAUGAGAAGACGCAAGCAGUGAACAGGAGUAAGGAGGGUAAGAGAACAAAGAAAAGGAAAAAACAUUUUCAGGAUUGCUCAGAAAGCAAGGUUAUUACUGGAUUACAGUCUGCAGCACGCUCCUGCCAAAGGAAGUCUCUUCAGAAGACUCUCUAUAGUGUCUGAUAAAGGUGUUAGUCCUCCUCCAUGUCGCUAUUCUGUAGACCCCUGUGGUGGAAGCACAUGCUCUUUUGGCCCAAGAGGUUGCCAGGGGUCUUGUGGAGUAGGCCUCAAUUCCUUCUGGACCAGCACACACAUGCCUUGUAGGUCUCCACAAUACAUAGUCUGAUCUAUCCAACCAAGGACAGCUUGGAUACCCUAAGGCCCUGGCAUGUUGGGUGAAAAGAAGCCAACAGAGAGCCUGAUCUCCUUAUAGAUUCUGUACACUUAAUAUAAAUCUUUAGUGCUCAUCUGACAUCUAAAGUGUGCCACAGCUUCCCAGUCAGUGGCUGUGGACAGAAUGAAGGGAGGAGUCUCCUAUGAGACAUGGAAAGGAGAAUUCUCCUUAUGCAAGAACACUUUUGAAAUUCUUAGCACCACCCUUACCAUCAUGGAACACAUAAUAAGGUUCCUGCAUAGAUGAGUUCCAGAAUUAGCAGCCUUAUCUGGUGGUUGUGAUAGCAACCAGAAAACAGGUUUUGAUGGAGAGGUAACGUGAUACAGCUAUGUCCAAGGCUCGAAGGGAAGGAUGGUUAGGGCUUUCAACACCAGUGGUAGGUCCCACUUCAGGAAAAUCAGUCUGACAACUGAUCUGGCCAGUAAAACUUCUAUGAGGAGCCUGGAUACCUGAGGCUUAUUGGCCAGGGAGCCAAAUGAUACUGCAAACCAGUACACUACAAAGGGCUGACACUUGGCAAGCUGUGGUGUUUGGCAUGAACUCUUAUCCACUCCUUUCUGAAGAAAGUCCAAUUUAACUGGAGUCCCAUGAUCUCUUGGAUUUACUCUGUGCUCGACACCAACUGCUGAAUUUGGUCCAGCCGGUGAAAUAGGAUUUUAGUGUGGAACCCCUCCUGGAAGACAGCAGAAUCCCUAUCACUUUGGAAGAUGUGCCACAUGGGGCUAACACAUCCCUUUUAACAGCCAGGCUGUCAGAUGAAGAUGGGCUGCAUCCAGAUGGAGAAAUGGUCCUUGAUAAAGGAUGUCUGAGCUCACCAGUAGCUGCAAUGGUGGUUUCAGCUUUAGAUCUAUCAUGUCAGAGAACCCGGGUCUCCAUGGCCAGGGGAGAGUUAACAUCAUCCUCGCUUUUUCUUGCCUCAUCUUUUGGCUCAUUUUCCCUAUGAGAAAGAAGGGUGGGAACGUGCACAGUCAGCCUUGAGACCAUCUGUUUGACAGAGCAUCUGUUCCCAUAGACUUGGAUCUGCUUCCCUGGGGAAGUAUUUCAGCCACUUUGCAUUCUUAUGAUUGGCAAGCCGGUCAGUUGAUGGGAACCAAACAUCUAUGUGAUCAGAUUGAAGAUAAUUCUGUAAUUAUUAAUUGUAAUGGCUGAGCUAGUUUGCCUUUCGGUUCAGUUCCUCUUUUAUGUGGAUUAUUUUUAGGUAACGGAGAAUCUUUUCUGCCCACACCUUUAUCUCCAACGCUGCUUCUCCCUCCUUAGUUGUGUAUGUAUGCAACCAUUGUCAUGCUGUCUGACUUACCAUGAUGUAGUUGCCUUCCACAUGUCUCUGGAAUUUCGAACAGCUGGUUUGACCCUCUGAGCUCCAAGAGAUUGAUGCUGAGAUUCCUUUCCCCGAGCUUCAGAUGUGCUCCCCAUCUGUCUAGGCUGGCAUUGGUAAGAAUCUGACAGUCUGGAAGGUAUAUGGAGACUGACUCCCUGAGAUGGGCAAUCCCGGGCAAAUUCCACAGAGCAAUCUGGUUUCAGACUAGUACCUGAUUUUGCAUGUGCUCCAGGGAUUGGUCUCAUACUUUCAGAAGAAAGGCCAUGGAGGCACCUGAUGUGUGACCUUGCCCAUGAGGAGAUUCCUGUGCAUGAGACCAGGAGGCUCAGUAGCUGAAGCUGCACGGCUAUGGUUGGGCUCAUGCACUGGUCCAGCAUGGAUAUCAGAUCGUGAAUCUUCUGGAAUCUGUUAAGUGAUGGUUGAUAGAUCAGUGUUGUUAACGUGUUCUUCCACAUCCAGAUGAAUAAUCCUCGUCAACGGAAUCCAGAAACUUUUCUUUGUGUUUAUCGCAAAUCCAUGUGGUUGCAGAAGAUUCAGAGUCCAGAUCGUGGCCCUACGUGCUGUGGGACAGGGCUCAUCCAGAAAGGGAUACAGGUGAAUACUCUGGGAUUUGAGUCUGCCCAUGAUCACUGCCAGCAUCUUCAUAAAUCCCUGGGGACCAAGAGACCAAAUGUCAGUGUUCAGUACUGGUAGUGAUCUUAAAAGCCUGUGGUGGAACGUGGAGGCUGAGUCUGCCAAAUCCACUGAGGUUAGGAAAUGGCCUUGAGACAGGAAUGUCACUAUCAAAGCUAGGGACUCCAUCCAGAAUUUUCUUCAUCUGUUUUUGAAGAGGUUGAGUAUGGCCCUGACUUCUCCAGCGCACUUCUGAACAACGAAGGAGGAGUAAAAACUUUGAGCAGUGUUCUUCUGGGGGAACGUCUAUCACUCCUAUGUCCAGAUGGGAAAUCUCAUUGCAGACCUACUAAUGCUUUGUGGGGUCACUCGUUAUUGGAGACUGGAUGAAGAAGCGAGGAGGCAGGGCCCUUAGCAUGAGGAAGUAUCCCUGGUGCACCCUCUCUCGCAUCUACUUGUGUGUGGUAAAAGCAAGACGUUCAUCUGGAAAUUGAGAUUCUGCCUCUAAACUGAGGUCUAGGUAGAGGCACACUCAUUCAUUGUCAUAAUAAACUCAUGGAGGUUGUGGAAGCCAGCCUUAGGUUUUCUGAUCACUUCUCAGUUCCAAGGUUCUCUCUUAACGUGUGUUAUCUUUCCUCUGGAACCUCUGUGAGGAAGGUGGAAAAAAGGAGUGUCUGUCUGAUAGUAGCUUUGUAGUCCGUUUUUUGAACACUAACUGGAGAGGGGAGGGACUGUUAGACUCUUGUCUAAUUUUUCUCCCAGGGGAGGUCCUGUGAAUUCAGAGGAGCACAGGAUUUGUUUGGAUUGAAUAUCUACCUUACAGAGAUGAAGCCAUGUAUCUCUUGGCUGCUGAGCUGGAUGCUGUGAUAUGGGCAGAAAAAUCUUAUAGCAUCCAUUGAAGCAUCUGCCACCAAUGCUGUUGUUUAGGAGAUUUUCUUAAGUCCAGUUGGUCUCUGCCCUUUAGGGCUUUAAAGUCCUCUAGCCAUGACAUUGUGACUCAAGCAAAGCCUGUGGCUGCCAGAGAUGCUCUGAGGAGGCAUCAGAUUCCCUUCCAAGGAUGGCCUUCCACCUUGCUGUCCACUGGAUCCUUGGGGAAGAAGUCCCCUUCAGUUGGAAUAACCAUAUCUUUUGGUAGAGGUGCUAUAGCAGCAUCAAUCUUAAGUACAUCUGAGAGAGCAUUGUUUGGCUCUUUCUGCUUGUAGAAUCAGAACCUGCCUGUUAGCGUUUACCCUUUUCAAGAGACUCCCAUUCCUCCCUGAUUACUUCUUCGAAGAGUGCAGGGGAAUCACUGUGUAAGGAGAAAAUUUGGAAGGGAGGUAUUUACUCUGAGGCUUACCUUAGAGGCCUGCUUAGAUUGGAUCUGGAUUGUGGAUACCACUUUUUUGCACAUGGUUUCAAACUUCAGGAUUUAGCCCCUGGGCCAGCUGAAUGAAAUCCCAAUCCUUAGGUCUCCCUGUUCUGCUCUUUCUGCCCCGUUGGGCAUUUCUGGAAUGAAAUCACAGCUUCUUGAAGCAAUAGGAGUCUCAACAUGCCUGUCCAACUCCAAACUCUGUGCCUAGCCGUGCUAUGGUCAGCUGGCUGAGAAUAGGCAGGGCAUAAUUUGCUAUCUGUAGAGCCUUUCAGGCUUAGCCACCGUGGUGCAGCUGCUGCACUAUCCCUGAAAGGAGGAAGAAGAGCUCAGCAGAGAGGCACUGCAGUGGAGACUCUGGGUGGCUUCAGCCACCUGCUUCUAAAUACUUGGUCCAGGAGGAGGAGAGAACAAAGAAGGCUGCUUGCUAAUGCCUUAAAAUGAAAAAAUGUAAAAGGCAAGGUUAGGAGCGGAGAGAACCACCACUGAUUGCUGGGUGGAGGCAAUAUCUUGCCCUCAGGUCAAGAAAGGGAUUGUGUCUAGCACAGGCUAUGCUACAGCUUUUAAUUGCCUCUGAAAGAAGCAGACAGGAGUGGGGGAAUAGCCUAUAAGUAGCAGAAUUGUGGGAGACACUGGGCUGCAGAAAGCUGUACUAUAUAGAAUUUUCCCCAUUAUAUAGAUUUAUAUUUUCUCAGUGUAAGACAACUAAUUUAAAUUUAGUUUUCAUUGCCUGUAGUUUGAGUCCACAAUAGGUUACAGCAUCAAUGGUGGUUAGCAAGAGAUCAGCCCACUGCCUUCUCCCACCUUACUAAAACAGGAGUAAGAACUUCCCAGUACCAUUAACAAGAGAAACCUUGAGGGAUUCUUAGCAGUAUUCAUAUAUCACUUAACAAGCUCAGUAGCCAAGAGGAUAAAAAUUGUGCAAAAUCUGUUCUCCCUCAGCCAUAUAUAUCUGUUUCAGUUUAAAGUUGGGUUUUUUGGUUUAUUUUUUUGUUUUUUAUAUACACAUCUAAUUACAAAAUACAGUUUUCUGCGUAUUUGUUUCAGCGUACAUCCGCAGUAAUUUAGUAUAAUAGGGUAUAUUAUACCUUAUACUAAGAUUAAGGAAAUCAAA